UAUUAAUAUUUCGUAAACAGCAAAAAUUAAACAUAGGUAGGUAGUAGGUAGGUAUCCUAUUUUAAGUGACAGACAGUCGUAGGUAAAUAGAGUUAUUCUUUAAUGAAGAACAUAACUAUCCAUUCACUAUACCAUUAACAUUAUGAUUAUAAACGCUGCCGGCUUGUGGCAGAAAGAGACAAGUUUACCCACAAUAGCAACCUUCAGUAGAAGCCUUGACAAUGUUUUGGGAAAUAAUGGCAUUCAGUUGGGAUCCAUCACUGAAGUACUUGGACUAUCUGGCACAGGAAAAACACAAUUGUGCUUACAGUUGUGUGCGUCUGUACAAGUUCCCAAAUCACUCGGAGGCUUGGAGGCAGAAGCUCUGUAUAUAGACACAAAUACAAAUUUCAACCUCAAUAGAUUUAAAGAGAUAUUAUUAGCCAGCUUAGAGAAAUGUCAUAAUAUAUUAAAGAUUACAAAGUCAGUGAACAUAGAAGACGCACUACGUAAGCUACAUUAUGUCAGGACUUCAGGCUUGGAAAAGUUUUGUAGUCUUAUGUACACUCUACCUAAAUUUAUAGAAGAAAGACCCAAUGUACGAUUAAUAGCAAUAGACUCGAUUAUAGAUCCAUUCAAGGAAGGUAUUACCUUACAGCGCAGGACUGGCUUGUUAUUUCGUUUGAUGGCUGAUUUACAGAGGAUUGCUGUCUCCAGGCAAAUUGCUAUAGUGCUAACGAAUCAAAUGAGCACACGGAUAGGACUGUCGACGGGCGCAGUAGUGGGAGCUCUGGGGGACGGAUGGGCACAUCGGUGUAAUAUACGGCUGCUACUAUCGGCCCCUCGGAAUGUGGAUGCUGAAAGAGUGGCGGCCUUGCUAAAGAGUAACAGUUCACCAGAAACUGUAGGAAGGUUCCGAAUCUGUCAAGACGGCAUCAGGGAUAUUCUAUAAUAAAACACAUAUUUAACA